AUGGAGGCUGCCCACCUCCACCCCUCAGAGGAGCCUCAGUUCAGCGCCUCUCCCAAACCCCAGUCAUGCUGGUCAAGGAGAGGCGGUGCUGAAGUCCACGGAGGACCCUCUGUGCCCGAGACGACAUCCCCUGCAUCAAAGACUCUCUCCUCCCCGACUGACCCGUUGGCUCCCGCAUCAGCAGGGCUGCCUCCCACCAAGACGCCUCUGAGUUGGAGGAGCCUUUCCCACGUGGGAGCCGGGCUUCAGAACAUGGGCAACACUUGCUAUGUGAAUGCGACCCUACAGUGUCUGACCUACACAGAGCCCCUCGCCAGCUACAUGCUGUCCCAGCAGCACGGGACCACCUGUAGGAGGCAGACAUCCUGCAUGCUGUGUACCCUGCAGGCUCACCUGACGCGGGUUCUCUGCCAUCCUGGACGUGUGCUCCGGCCCCUGCCACUCCUGCUCACCGCCUUCCACAGACACAAGCAGGAAGAUGCCCAUGAGUAUCUCAUGUUCAUUCUGGAUGCAAUGCAGCAAGCGUGCUUGCCUGAGGACAAGCCCUCAGACCCUGAGCGUCCUCAGGACAGCACCCUCAUCCAGCAACUCUUUGGGGGGUACUGGAGGUCUCAAAUCCAGUGUCUCCACUGCCAAGGCAUUUCGAGCACUCUGGAACCUUACCUGGACAUCAGCCUGGACAUCGGGGCUGCUCACAGCGUCAGCCAAGCUUUGGAGCAGUUGAUGAAGCCCGAACUGCUGGAAGGUGAAAAUGCCUACCAUUGUAGUAAGUGUCUGGAGAAGGUGCCUGCGUCCAAGGUGUUGACUUUGCACACUUCCCCGAAGGUCCUCAUCCUGGUCUUGAGACGAUUCUCAGACUUGACAGGCAACAAAAUGACUAAGGAGGUGCAAUAUCCUGAGCGCCUUGACAUGCAACACUGCCUGUCUGAGCAGAGGGCAGGACCCUUGGUUUAUGUGCUCUAUGCCGUGCUGGUGCACGCUGGGAGGAGUUGCCACAGCGGACAUUACUUCUGUUUUGUAAAGGCAGGAAAUGGCCAGUGGUAUAAAAUGGAUGAUGCUAAGGUCAGCGCCUGUGAUGUGACUUGCGCGCUGCACCAACCUGCCUAUGUCCUCUUUUAUAUGCAGAAGACUCAUCUGGAGAGAGACCUUGGGAGGGAGUCAGUCAAGGAGGGAGGACUCGCAUCUCCCGAGGCAGACCCCACAGUGGUUGGUGAGGCCUCAGGAGAGCCGGCAACGGAUCCCUCCGUGAACCUUCCUGAGUUGGAGGAGCGUGGGGAAGAGACCUCAAGGCAGCAAAUGACAUUAGACCAGUGGAGAUGCCUCCAAGAAUGCAACCGCCCUAAGCCUGAACUCAAUGUCAGGAGAAGAGAAAUUGCUCUUCCUGCGAACGCAGUCAUCCUUCACCACUCCAAAUACAGACCUGAGAUGCCGAAGAAUCAUCCUCAGCAGACCAUCGACCUGCUCACCACUGCAGCUGGGAUGCUCCCACCUCAGGUGGCCGGGGACGUGGCCAAAGUCCCGCGUGUGCCAGGGAGAGCCCGACCUACCAAGAGGAUGAGCAAGAAGGGACAGAGUUCUGGGGAAGCAGUCCAGGGAUGUGUCUCCUAACUUUGGUGCACAUGGGCGCACACACCCACACACACAGCGUCACUCACUCACUCCAAACCCGAACACAGUCCCAUACUGGAAAUAUUUUGUGUUAUGUGAAGUGUGUGUUCUAUAUGUAUGGAAGAACCAUCUAUCUGGUGUGUUCAUGGGAUAUGGCCUUCAACUGAAACUUGAGGACACUGAUAUUUAAACCUGGUUCAUUGUCAUGAUCUUUUAUUGGGAUAGUGUGGAUUUCAUAUGGGGUGUAUCGAGGAACCUGCCUCUCCUUCAGCCUUGGGGAGAGUGGAGGCCACUUGCAGGUGAGAGGCAGUGAGCAAUCAGGGUUGAGAGUGGAUAUGAUGCUGAGGACCUGGGGUUGAAGUCAGUAUGUUUGACCCUUUCGUCAUGCUCCCCACUUCCCAAUGCUUUUCUUCUAUUUAUAUUGAAAGAAUAUUUCUCCGAACAUAAGUAUGUAUUGGGUCUUGCUAGCGAUGUGUCUUGGUCAUUGCUUGGAAAUUGUAAGAUGGAAA